AUGCCGUCAGCAGUUUUGAUGGACGGUUGCAAAGCAAUGAACAAAGCACUGGAUAAUAUUAUGCCUGGUGUUCCACAUCGUAUUUGCUCGUGGCACAUACUAAAAAAUGCAAUGCACCAUGUACACAAUAUAGCAUUCCAUCAAGAAUUGAAGAAAUUUAUUUUCAGGUAUUACAAGGAGGAAGAAUGGGAGGAUAAUUGGAAAGUGACUGUGAAUAAAUAUAGAUUGACAGGAAAUGCAUGGGUGGAAGCACAAUAUGGCACAAGAAAGCAGUGGGUAGAUACUUUUCUUCGUGGUAUUUAUUUUGGUGGAGCUACUGCUACCGGUAGAUGCGAAUCUAUGAAUGCAUUCUUGAAAAGAGAUUUUCAAAAUAAAAUACCAUUGUGGAUGUUUAGACGACACUUUGACCAUGCUUUAUCUAUGUUGUGUUACAACGAGAUGAAAGAACACUACAAAACUAAUUUGACUGAACCGGUUUUGAACCAGACAACUACUCCGUGUGUGGAGGAUGAAAUUUCUUCAAUUUUCACAAGGGAAAUUUUUACAAGGAUAAGAAAGGAGAUAUGGCGUGGCGAUAAUUAUAUUGUCCCAAAGGAUGAUAAGAUACCAGGCUACACUCUUUGUUUGGUGAAAAAAUAUAUUGGUUAUGGAUUAAAGCGCAAAGUGUUAAUCUCCAACGAUGGGGAUGAUGUGCGAUGUGGUUGCUAUUCUCUUGAGACAAAAGGAAUUCCAUGUAGACAUAUUUUUAUUUCAUUGAAGAAUUUGGAGAGAAGAAGUUUGCCAAUUUGUUUGGUAAAUAGACGUUGGCUAAAAGAUGCUAAAGAAGUUCAACUGUUAACUCAAGGUAAUGAAAGAAAGUGUCCUCAUCCUGAAGUUAUUGAAAAUUCUAGGUACGGUGGUGUAACCACACAAACUACUAUCACAUCGUACCUUGCUACAAGAUCGCGAGAAGCAUUUCAAAAGGCUAUGAAAGUUAUAUCAGAGUUGAAUGCAGAAUUGGAAAAAAUGCCACCAGAUGAAGAGUUAAAACAUCCUCAAAAUGAUGAAGGAGUAUUUCCUAAUAAUAUUUUGGACUCUCAGAUUAACAAAACAAAAGGCAGACCAACUACAACCAGUUUGUCGAAAUCAUUCUCUGGAGGUGCAAAGAAGAGAAAACCAAAAAAAUCGCUAUUACAUUGCAAGUAUUGUGGUGAGGUUGGACAUGAUUCAAGGAAUUUUCCUAUGCAGCCAAAGUCCACUACAAAGAAAAAUGGUCAUUCGAAGAAUAAGAAGAAAAAAAUUAAUCCAUGA